GGCUGCUUUUAACAAGGAAACACAUUCGCAAAUACCGAUUGUAUCUUUUACGUCUUUUUUAAGUUCCUGGGGACGGCGAAGAAUGAGCAGGUAUGGUUACCAUUGGUGACCACCAUCGACCAGAACCGCCAACUAAUAAUUUGUAACGUAGGACUACGACCUAAACCUAACUCUCGCCUGGCUUCUUUGUGCUGGCAGCCUGGAGGCCGAGGAUUUCGAUCGAAAUUUCCCCUGUAGGCUCGAACGAAGGAGCACCACCCAGAUCGCUCCCAUUGACCGUACGGCUGUCGCACGGAACACAAGCUAGUUGACUAUGUGUCUGAUUGUUUGAAACCCCGUGAAUUAUCGAUUCGAAAUAACAAGAUCAAAGUAACAAAGUUUAAUUAAUUUUAACGCUAGGUACAUCAUGGAGUCCUGUGGGAUGAACGUCAUCAAAUACAUUCUCUUCAUCUUUAAUUUGAUUUUCGCGAUAUCUGGCUUAGGUAUUAUUGUGGCCGGCGCGUUAGUAUUGGCAAAUGUCGGCGAAUUCAAUCACUUCGUGGAAGGCAGGAUAAUGGCACCGCCUAUAGUACUUAUAGUUGCGGGAACUAUCGUUUUCAUCAUAGCUUUUCUAGGGUGUUACGGAGCGAUAAAGGAACAUUACAACAUGUUGAUUGCGUUUGCGGCCGCAUUAUUGAUUAUCUUCGUGAUCGAGCUCGCGGUGGGCAUAGCGGCGGCAGUAUUUAAAAACGAUUUUAGUAUGGCGCUGAAGGAUAAUAUGAAGGUAUCGAUGAGGAAUUAUACGGAGGUCGACAAGCAAGCCUUGGAUGAGAUGCAGAAAAAGCUGCAAUGUUGCGGCGUGGAUGGUCCCGAAGAUUGGGUUCAACCUGGAUCAUUUAGAACGAUUGGAUUACCGACGUCCUGUUGCAAUACUACAAUCGCGCAAACGUGUCAGUUAGCUUAUGCACACAAGGAAGGAUGCUUUAGCAAGUUGGAAAUGGUAAUUCAUAAUUGCGCUACGGUCUUGAUUGGUGUCGGUAUCGGAAUAGCUUUUGUGGAGAUUGCCGGUAUCGUCCUUGCUUGUUGCCUUGCUGCGGCCAUAAAAAAGGAAAGCGAUAAAUGAAGUGAAUUAAUUUAAUUAUUAAUACCAGGCUAAGCUACAAAUUUGCUGUCUCGUUAAGAUAAAAAUAUAAUAACAUUAUAAUCAGCUUAAUAGUAGCAGAGCUAAAAGAUUUAUAUUGAUCUUUUUAAGAGGUUUUUAUUCAAUAAUCGACAAAUAAGAAACACGUUCCAUUAACUAAUAUUAUUAACUUCAUUUAUUAAUAUUACUCAUUAAUUUUUCGCAAUGUUUUUUACACUCCUCUCAUAACAGCACGGGUCUUAUUCAAGCUUCAAUAAUUAUUCGAUAUCUAUAUUCAUUAUAUAUUUUUUAUGAUUAUAUAAUUCUUUUGCUGUUGUAUUAUGUAAUUAAGUGGUAUCCGUUGGAAAUUAGAAAGAUAUUUCUACAAUACAAAAACAUAUUAAUAAUAUUAAAAAUGUUAAUGCUGUCUCUUUUUAAAUUUACAUC